UGAUUCUCCAUUAAAUAGAAAACAAAAGGCAAAACAAAUAAGCCCUCGUCUCCUCCAGCUGCCGACCUCUCUGUCUCGCCUUCCUUCACACCAGUCGACAACCUCUUCGCCUGUCUGCUCUGGUGAAAGAUGAUAAUUCUCGAGGAUGUCUUCAAGGUCGAGAGGCUCGACCCCGACGGCAAGAAGUUCGACAAAGUAACUCGGAUUGAAGCACGGAGUGAAAGAUUCGACAUGUUCAUGCAUCUAGAUGUGAAUACUGAAAUAUACCCAAUGAAAGAAGGACAAAAGUUCACCAUGGCGUUGGCUAGUACAUUAAAUCCAGAUGGAACACCUGAUACAGGAUAUUAUACCCCGGGUAAUAGAAAAUCCCUUGCUGACAAGUACGAAUAUGUUAUGCAUGGGAAGCUAUACAAGAUAUCUGAGGAUGACCCUGGAAGGGCUUCUAAAGGUUCAGGAAAAGGAGUCAAAGCGGAGAUAUAUGUUUCAUUUGGAGGACUUCUCAUGAUGCUGAAAGGUGACCCUUCUAAUCUCCAUCAGUUCGAUCUCGACCAAAGGCUGUUCCUUUGUAUCAGGAAGCUCUGAGAUUUUAGCUGCCUGUAUCAUCUGAAUUCUCUUGUUAACUAUAUCGAGUUGUAACUAAUUUAGCAGGCCCUGAAGGGACUACGUUCUCCUCUGUGUGUCGUGUCGACUGUUGCUUUGUGCUUUCACCAGGGCAAAGGCACUUGAUCCUGUUGGUUCUUUUGCUGAGGACUAUACUCAUAAAAACAUUUGUUAGGGUCCAAUUUGUUGCCAUCGUUUAGUCCCAACGGUUUAGUUUGAUCGAAUCGAGA